UUGUGGAACAAACAGUUCCGAUGUACCGCCAAAGUUUCCAACAGAAACGGAAAUUGUGUUGUUUUGACGCAUUAUAAUUAUUAGUAAGUCGCGAAAAGCUUCACUUGUUUAUAAAAUAUUAAACAAAUUAAGGAUUGCUGUGUGGUAGUUUAGCACCACGAGUGCUAAACUUUUCCAUGUUGGAGAAAACAUGGCGGCGUCCUUGAGCAGCGUUGGUAACGUAAGGCUGCUGAGCACCUUGGCUUGGUCCAGCUUGUGUAGGUUCUCUGGAAACAGGAGCCUCCACGUUACUGCGUCGUGCUGCAAGAAUCGAGCUGCUCGUAUCCGAGUGGGGAAAGGAGACAGACCUGUGACCUACGAGCAGGCGCAUCAUCCGCACCACAUUGCCCACCGCAAAGGAUGGCUAUCACAGCACACCAGUAACCUCAAAGGAGAGGACCGGGCAGCUGAACGUACCAUUGAAGAUGUCUUCAUUCGGAGAUUCGUGUUCGGGACGUUCCACGGCUGUUUGGCCAAUGAGAUUGUCAUCAAAAGACGUGGCAAUGUGCUCAGUGUGUGCGCCGUGAUGCUGCAGAAGCUACCACCACAGAAGUUUUACUUUCUGAUUGGCUAUACUGAGUCGUUGCUGUCACACUUCUACAAAUGUCCCGUCAAGUUAGAGAUUCAGACCCUGCAGGAUAAGGCUGUGUACAAGUACCUCUGAUGAAACUGUCAGUAACCAUUUUCUCUGUAGAUGAUAACGAUGCCAUUCCUGCAGACAGUUUCAGCCUGUCUGCUUCUUGAAAAAUGAGCUUAUUUCACAUAUUUAUUUUAUUUCUAUUUCCUCAGCUAAAGGAAAACAGUUUCUCACCAAUGCAAAGAGUUGUAAAAUUACCUGAUGAAACAGGUUUCACUUUCUACAAAAUGCUCAUUAAUUCAUGUUCCUGAUUUCAAAUAAAUGACCAGACUGGGAUCAUAUAAGAA